AGCUGCAUCGUCUCCGUCUCCGUCUCCGUCUCCUUCACUGGAUUAGGGUUUUCCUUUUUUCCUUCUUGACUUGGAACUUGCUCUGCUCCCAGAUCUCAAGCGGAUAGCAGAGCGGAGAGGAGAGGACAACGAGCGGGGAUGGAAAGCGGAGGAAAAGUGCAUCCGGAUUGCAUCAACGCAUCCAAUCCUCACCACGAGUGCGUCGAGUACUGUUUCAAACGAAUCGAGGAAGCCAAAUCUCGGGCCGAUGAAAUCGUAGAGGAGAAUAAGGAGAGCUUGAAGGAGCCGAAAGAGAGAACGGUGCACCCGGAUUGCAUCAACGCGUCCAAUCCCUUCCACGAGUGCAGCGAGUACUGCUUCAAAAGGAUUGCCGAGGCGAAGGAUCGAAUCGAGAGGAAUGAAUCAGGUAUGCAACAGGAGGAUGGCAUUCCUUCAUCCUUUAGUGGCUCUCACCAGAGUGAUGCGCCUCUUGAACAAAAACAAACUGAACAACUUAAUGAUGGUGGUGAUGCUCAUUGUGUCCAGGAUGAUACUGUGUCAGGCAAUCCUAAUCUCACUGAGAAGCAGAAAAAAUUGUUCGAAUUGAGGCUUAAGAUGAAUGAAGCAAGGAAGGCCAAUCAGAUGGCGAUGGUAGCAGAGAAAAAGAAAAUGGAAGCCCCAGCUGAAACAAGGGGUAUUUCAAAACAAAAAUGGCUCGAUGAAAGGAAAAAAAAGAUUGGAAAACUUCUUGAUUCAAAUGGUUUGGAUAUGUCAAAGGCCUACAUGCUUGAUACACAAGAGACGGCUGAAGCGAAGUAUAAGAAGUGGGAAAAGGAUCCUGCACCAUAUGGUUGGGAUGUCUUUAAUCAGAAAACACUUUAUAAUGCUCAUAAAAAGCGGACAAAGAAUAUUGAGUGUGAUAUGGAGGCAUAUAACAAAGCUAAGGAAGCUGAUCCAGAGUUCUAUCGUGAGGCUUCUAGUCUUCAGUAUGGCAAGGCAACAAAGGUCCCCGAGGAAAACAUUGACCGGAUGGUAAAGGAGCUUCAGGACAGGGAUGCAAAACGCAAGUCAUUUAGUAGGAGACGGAAGUUCCACGAAGAAAAGGACAUUGAUUCUAUCAAUGACAGGAAUGAGCACUUUAACAAGAAGAUCGAGAGGGCCUUUGGAAAAUACACUCUGGAGAUUAAGAACAACUUGGAAAGGGGGACUGCCCUACCUGACUAGUUUAGCCAUUCCACUACUUUGUAACAUAUGCUUUGAUCUUGCAAAGUGGAAUCUUGGUUGGGGUUACCCAAUCUAUAUACCAUAUUGCAUGCUUGGGUUCUUGGUCUGCUUGUGAUUGAGUGAAGAAUAAUAACCUGGAUGUUGGUCUCUCAAAGCAGGCCAGAAUGUUAUUGGAAGAAUUUGUGCUGGCAUAAUUGCAUUGUUUGAGAAUGUAAACCAAAGCACUGUUUUGUUCUUUAGUCAUGGUGGUGAUAUCUACAAAAUUUUGAAUAUAGGAAACCUAAUUUCUUCA